AUGGAGGAAGUGGAGUUGGUGGCGUAUGCGGGGAUUGCGACGAGCAAGGGUAAUAUUCUCGCGGAUUACGGCCGAGACAGGGACGCGUACCGAGAGGCGAUCUCCUCCGCAUUACCCGCUCUCCCGGAACAUGCGUCGCAAAUCUCAAUGGGCCACGGGCGGCUGUUCGUGCUGUUUCUGAUGGCAAAGGACGGAAUCGUGUUCUUCUGUCUGGGCUACGACCCGCUCACCAAGGAUCAGGCGCGCGGGCUGCUGGGGCGCGUGCGCACGGCGUUCCUCUACUCCGCGCGCAAGUGCGACCUGCACUCGGGCGCGCCGCUGCCCGACGCGACGCGCGACAACAUCCGCAAGUCGUUCGCGUCGACCUUCCGCUCGCACAGAGGAAAGAUCGAGGAAGGCGCGCAGCCGCCGCCGCUGACGAUCUACCACGACGCGCCGUUCGCGUAUCGGACCAAGUCGGAGGAUUCGUUUCCCGCAGGUGAGAGUCAGGAUGGGGAGGAGAGCGAGGAGGGGGAGGAGGGUGAGGAAGGGGGGUGGGAUGAUUACGAGGAUGAUGGUGAUUAUAGGGAAGGUGAUGGUGGUGGUGGUGGUGGGGAGGACAGGGCAGAGCUUAGGGGGGAGGAUGAAGCGGGCGAUUCUGAGAACUGUGACAAUAGGCGGAGUUCCGCAAACGGGGAAGCGGAAGGGAUGCCAGCGGCCGGUACAGGAACAGGUACAGGGUCAAGAAGCAGCAGAUCGAACGGUCAGGAUCAACAGACGAGAGAGCAGCAGCAAGCAGCUGGGGGGAGCGAUGCUGGGGGUAGAAACAGCAGGGACGGCAGGGAUAAUGAUGAUGAUGACUCAGGGUGGAUUGAUGGUGCCACCCUGAUGACGGGGCAAGCGCUGAAGGGUGCCACGUGGCAGCGCCUCCCCGCGUCGGAUCCGGGAAUCGGGCGGGGAAGAGGCAGGCGGAAAGGGGGAGGUACCGGGCGGAACAGUGGCGAGGCGAGCGGGGGGAGGGGGAGUGCGGGCAGUCGUCUCACGCCGAGACAGAGGCUCCUGCAGGAGGUGGGGGAGGUGCUGGUGGGAGUGGGGGCGGAUGUGUCAGGGUGCGCCGUUGACCCCUGCUUUGACCUCGGUCAACCCAUCCGGCCGGUAGGCCCGUCCCUUGACCUGGGUCAACCCGUUAGACCAGCAGAUAGAAGCAGCCGGUCGGCCAAGGCAAAUGCCGUUGAUAGCAGCAGGGACGGCAGUGGAGGAGAAGGAGGAGGAGCAGAGCUGCAAUAUCGGCCUACCGCAGUCGAACCGUCCCCAGUUGCACCUGCGCGCCCCUCCCCCGGAUACCCUCCCCGAGGCUCCUCCACCCCCCCCAUCGCGCCCUCCUUCGGCUCCCCUGCGGCCCUUCGCGGCUCAGGCUCGGGGAAGCGGCUGUCGAUCAAUGAGAGGCCGACAGCUGGCAUCGCGGGCAGCAGCGGCGGCGGGUGGAACAUGAGCGUAACGUUACCCCCGCAGGCCCUCGCCCAGCUCGCAGCCGCCAUGCAAGAAGGAGACGACGAGGACGGGGGGAAGGGGGCGUUGCGGGAAGGGCAUGGGGGGGAAGGAGAUGGGAAUGGGGGUGGGGAGGAGGGAGGGGGUCCUGGGGUGGGGUUUGAGAGGAGGAGUGUAUCGGCAGCAGUGGCUGCGGCGCAGAGGGGGGACCGCGCGUUUGUGCACAGCCACAGCUGGAACGUGCGAUCCAGUGGCUUGGAUGAAGGGGAGGAGGGCGAGCGGGGAGAGGGCGGAAGGGGUGGAGAGGGGUGGGAUUCGGUGCAAGGGAGAAGGACGAUGAGCAGUCAAGGGAGGAAGGGUGCGGUUUCAGGCAUGUCCCCUGGCAUCGUCACAGGCGUUUCUCCCGGCAUGUCUCCCGGCAUGUCACCUGGCAUGUCUCCUUCGGGUCCCAUCACGCCGUCACGGCUGUCCCGAUUAAGCUCCUCUGCUUCUCCUUCCGCUCCCACUGCUGCGGUUUCCUCACAUGCCUUUCCGGACAUGGACGGCUCGUAUAGUCACGCUUCAAGAGGCAACUCUUAUAGUCACACCCCAGUGGAUGGGCCACACAGAAGCAGCCCUCUGCGGGACUCGAACCUCCCCCCUCGGUCGAGCCCCCUGGCUCGAGAGCUCGCGGAUUUGGAGAAGGAAGCCGGAUCAGUACAGUCCGUCCCCGUUAUAAGCUCAUCUUCUCCAGGCAGAGUUGCUUUUCCGGAUUUGGCACCUGCGGGUACCAGACGAAGCAGCCUAGCGCAAGAGAUCGAGGAGCUUGAGGGAACAGGCGCAGGUGCAGAGCACAAUGUCAACAGCAGCAGUACUGCUUUCGGUCCUACUGGCAGGAUCGCUGGUGGUAACCCUAGUGCUGGUGGUUACUCUCCUGGUUACCCGCGCGGUGACAGUGGCAGCCGCAGCCGCAAGUUCCUUGGUGCGGGUAGCGCUGGGGACAUAGCCACUGGUGUUGCCACUGGUGUGGCCACUGGUGGGGACAUAGCAGUUUUUGGUGCGCCUCAGAAAUGGACUUUACCGCCAAGCUCUAGCUCAGAAUGGAAACCCGGGCCUGGGAGCGACAGCGGUGUUCCAAUGGCUGGGAGCGAUGGUUACCGCGUAACCGACCGGUUUGGUGCAUCUACGAGUCUUGUGUCCGAGCCGUCUGCGUCUCCUCGGUCUCCUGCGAGUUCUGUCGCCGUUCCUGUCCUCCGCCGAACCUACACGGACUGCGACCAGCUUGCUGCGGCAGGAGGUUUGGGGGGUGGUGUGGAAGCAGCAGCAGCAGGUGGUGCGGCUGGUGCUGGUGCGGCAGAUUCAACACGCACUUCCAAGGUGUUUAAAGCGUUUGGGCCUAAGAGCCCGCUGAACACCGUGAAAUCGGGAGGGUUCUGGCCGGUGCAGAGCGGUUGGGGGGGAGGUGACGCGAGCCCUACCAGUAGCACUGCUAGCGGGUUCUCAGCUGCUACACCCACUGCUGCUGCCGCUGCUGCUGUUGCUGCUGCUGCCGCGGCUUCUGGUGCUGCUGGUAGUUCCACUCCUGUUGCUGCUGGCUCUGGUAGUUUUAUGAGUAGCAGUAGUAGCGGCAGCAAUCAGAAGGGAGGGGAAGGUUCACUUGGAAAGAUGUGGCUUAAGCUGUUUGGGAAAGGCUGGGGCAAAGGGGGUGCAGAGGGAGGGGGAAGCGAGGGGAUGGAGGAGGAAGAGGAAGGGGCAGGGAGGCGAGGAAGGAGGUUGUCACUUCAAGGGUCUAGGAGCGAAGCCGGAGGGGGGAGAGGGGAUGAAACGGCUGGGCAGAUUCAGGGCAGCCGGUGGGAUGGGGAAAGUUCCCAGAAUAGCAGCUGGAGAAGGGUGGUGAUGGAGAACCUUUUCCAGGCGACUCAGAGAACAGGUGUUGGAGAGGAACAGGUGUUGGAGGGGAACAGGUGUCGGAGAGGAACAGGUGUUGGAGGGGAACAGGUGUUGGAGGGGAAGCCACUCUAUAGUGCAGGGAGGGGGGAUGCACUCUAG